AUGGAAAUAGAUAUGGUUGAAGCUCAAGCAAUAAUUGAAGAGGUGCUUCAAACACAUGUCAACAGAGAAACUCAACAUGAGAUUGACAACGAACAAGCUUUGGGUAUUCAAGUCUUAGAGAGUGCACCGGUAAUCGAAGAAGUUGCUGAAAAAACCUCUACUCAACUAACUAGACGACAAUCAAAUUUGAAACAAAAAAAAUCUCCAACUACGAUAUUAAGAGAAAAUGCUUCAUUGGAUGAAAUAAAAGUGGGAUCAGUAUUUGACAAAAAGAAGAGUAUAAUUAACUGUUUUUCGAAUAUAGCAAUUAAAGAACAUUUUGAAUUCAACGUUGUUAGAUCAAGCUUAACAAGAUAUUCGUUGAAAUGCAAUGAUGAUAGGUGUGGUUGGUGUGUGCGUGCUUUCAGAAUUAAAGAUUCAACAUUUUUCAAGAUAGUAAAGAUUGAGAAAAAGCAUGACUGCUCUGUUAACACUAUGAAAGCUGAUCAAAGACAUGCAACUUCAAAGUUGAUUAGUGGUUACAUUAUCGACAAUCUUCGAGACCCAAGGUUUGAAGUUACACCAGCUUUUGUCAUGGCAGAGAUGCAAAAAUUGCAUGGACUAGGUAUUGGGUAUCACAAGGCGUGGCGUGCUAUUCAACUUGCUUCCGCUUUAAUAAGAGGAACUCCCGAAGAGAAUUAUGAAUUAUUGUCUUCAUACUUGUAUAUGAUGACAAGUAAAAACCCGGGAACUUAUACUAACAUAAAGAUAGACGACAACAACAGGUUUCUUUAUAUGUUUUAUGCAUAUGGAUCAUUAAUAUCUGGUUGGAAUUAUUGUAGACCAGUGAUUGCUGUUGAUGCAACUUUUUUGAAGUCAAAAUUUCGUGGUGUUUUAAUGAUUUCAGUUUCAAAGGAUGCAAAUAACCAAAUUUUCCCACUAGCCUUUGGAAUAGCAGAAUCUGAAAAUAACAAUUCCUAUGAGUGGUACUUUAGUCAGCUUCACAAUGCAAUUGGGAGCCGUGAGAAUUUAAUUUUUUUUAUCAGACAGGCAUCAAGCUAUUGCAUAUGGCAUUGUAAAG